AUGUCAUUUUAAUUAUUUUCAGAUAUAGCCUAAGCGACACAAACGGAAGAAAGUAAGAGAAAUGGCCGAACGUUCAGUGUACUUUCAAGUGGUUUCGAUACAUUUGAUAUAUAUUUGUUGUGUGAUCAGUGCUGGAGCAACAGAUCCACCCAGAGCUGCUGGCGAUGUCUACUGCUGGCAUAACUCUGAUAGCUCUCCAGGCAUGAACCAGUCAUGCUUAACUGGUGAAUCACAUCCUCCCAACAUGGUGUCCAGUACAACAAAUACCACAGAGGACUUCGUAAACAAUUCAACUGGAAAUGUAACAACACCUGCCCCUGUGAAGCCAGUCAUGCGAUGCUUGACUUACACCAAUGAUACAACUCUGCGCUUUCAUCCACAUAUUGUGGAAACUUCUCUGGAUACGUGGCGAUCAUGUGAUUUUGAUGGAAUCUGUGACGGCAAACCAUUAAAUCAAACUGUUUCAGCCAUGAUCAAUCAGACCAGUGUGUCAGUGUUUUGUUGUGAGGGUAACAACUGUAACAAGCCUGUACCAGUCAAUGUGCCUAAGCCUAGUACCAACAAAAGUCAGUGCUACCAGUUAACAAUGGAGGGCAGCGACAUGAAGCUACAAGGCUGUAAGAUGGAGUGUUCUGCUGAAGGCGUUCCAUGUAUGAAGAGCACUGUCUACCUGAAGAGUGGUGUUGUGUCUCAGAUGUUUAAUUGUGACAUAGACAACAGGUGUGCCAACAUCACACAGUCAGAACCACAAUGCAGAAAUUCCUCAACUGGUGCCAACAACACCCAAGAAGUGUGCUGUUGUCAGGGUGAUUAUUGUGUGAAGCCAGACCAGCCGUAUGAUGAGCCGAAUGUAAAAGAUGCCAACAGUGCCUGUUCUGUGGUACCUAUCAACAGUACUAACCACCACCCACCUGGUGUUCCGGCCCCGAAAAAGAAGGUUGACUGGCUGUUUGUAGGUGGUCUGAUUGCUAGUGGUGCCGUCGCAAUACUGCUGGCACUGCUUGUGGUCGUUGUGAUCAUCAAGGUGAAGAGAAGGACCAAACAGAACAACCGACUCACCCUGUCCUACACUAGACUGGCGGCUGACAGAGUGCCUGAUGAUGACGAGGAUGUACAGAUGCUGCUGUCCUAGAUAGCUAGAUAUCCUUGGUUUUACUCAAUCUUUAACACCAAGACUAGGCAGAGUUCACAUCAGAAGAGGGUCAUGUUUUCAACACACUUUUAUAAGGUAGACAUAUUUAUGGUAACUUAGAAGCCUCUCAUUCUAAACACAUUUACCUUAUGAAAUUAGAUUCUUAUCCUAAACAAAAUUAAGUAUUGCUCACGUUUUCCUUAACACAUUAACCUUUAGUAGAUCAUUGUCCUAAACACUUUUACCUUAAGUAGACUCUUAUCCUAAACACACUAUAUUUUUAAGUAGACUUUUGUCCUAAACAAACUUACCUAAUUACUUAACCUAAUUACUUACAUUCUUAACACACUUAGCUAUAGUUGACUCACAUCCCAAGCUAAAGCAGACUGUGGACUCUGCCAUUAAUGUCAUUAGAAAGUGUUCUUCAAAGGUACAGAACAGGAACAGCCAGAAAUGUUUACACCUUGUGUUGAAUAUCCCUUUAAAUUGAUGUCUGAUAUCUAAUAUGCAGCCUCACACAGGUCAUCCCUUCUUUUAAAAAAACAUCUUGUUCAAACCAUACGGUAUAUUAUUAAGUUAUCGUUGUUAGGGAGAGUCUGCAUUCCUGGUUUUUCUUACAAUUUAACAUGUGUCUGGAUACUCCACAUAUAUGAUAUUACUUCACUAAUGUUAGGAUAGUAAAAUAACGCAUGGGCCUGUGCCUUGGACAGGGAUAUCUCGAGAGUCUAUCUGAUCAUGAUCAGCACUAAUCUUACCAAGUACUGGCCAGCCAAACUCUCUUACAUGAGGGUUGAGAUAUCCCUGUCAAUGGUACAGGCCCAUAUUUUCAUUAUUUUUUUCACAUACUUAAUAAAAGUAAUAAAUUGAAAGGUGAGCCUUUUCAUCAUGCCGUCGUCGAUGUCACAUGAAAUGUCUGUCUAAAUUGAUGACUUUGCGAUGCAUGGUUACACUAUAUAAAAUGAAGACAUUAUCCUAUAGUGAAUAGCAACAUAGCGCAUGCUAAUUAUCUUUGAGAUCAAUUUAUCCCAUUGGUAGCAACCACGGGGGUACCCUGUGAAGUAUGUGAGAUAAAUACAAGAAGAGAUUAUUGGAGAAAAAUAUUUGUAUUGUUGUAGAAAGAACAUGGUACCGUUGUGAUGUCAUGUGAUCUCAUUUAUACUUCUUUUCUGUUCUUGUUUUUAAUAUAAGAAAUGUUGUGCAAUGAUGUAUCAGCAUUCCUGUUGUUUAAUUUGUUGAUAAGCUAACAGUUCGUUUAUAAACUUCCAAAAAUGAGUUACCCC